CUUGCCGUUUUCGCGAGUGGCACACGGUGGUAACGCGAACAAGACGCACUCGCAGACAGACCAGCGGCGUCCCUGGGCACCGUCCGAAAGUAACGACAUUUAUCCCGGCAAGCGGUUCACUCGUGGCGAUGGGUCUCGCGUCCGUUACAGGCACACACGCGCACUCUGUCGAAGCGUCGACGAUCCUUGAACGCCGCAAACCACAUACACUUUCACAAACUCGUCCCAAGCGCCACAGUGGGCACAGGCCGAUUACGUAUACGCCACUCUGAGAACUGCGAGCCGCCGCUGAGCAUUGUUAAUUUCCCUAUGUAAAACCAAAAUAUCCCUAGCCGUCGUAUUUUGCCUUUGGUGAUUCCUUGUUCGCUUUUGUUUCUACACUCAAAUAUUCCAGUGGACGUCCAAAUUUUUUGAACAUAAGUUUUCUUCGAAACGACUUGCAAAAAAGCUAAAGAAUAGGCAUUUAUAACGUCACGUGGGCAGGCAAUCAGGGGCAUGGCCUACGCGGCCUAGGGAUUGGCGCCCCUUGCAAAAGUGUGCGAAACACGUACAUUUCCGAGUGUGCCGUAGUCCGUAGUGCAUAGCCGCAGUGUACUGCAAGGUUUUAUCGGCUGCGAUCGCGACCUCACUCGCGAGGCUUUUAUCUCGCCGUUUGUAAAACUCUUCCUUUACUUUAUAUUUUGUUAUGCAGUGGCGCUGAAAUGGGCACGCUUGCUCGAGCGAGACUCGCGCGCUGCGCGUGAGCAAUCAGAUGUGCAGAACGUGGAAUCGUUUCUCGACGUGCCAGCUUACAUCCACCGCUUUUCGCUGCGCCUGUAACAAGGCGCUGCUGCUUUGCUAGGCUUCGAGUCCAGUCGCUCACAGUACAAACACGCAAGGUAAUCGGUUUCUCGAUCGCGACGAGUUAUCUACGGAGAAGUGUGUCGGUCGGUCGGCAUCUGCUCGCUAUAGACUUAUCAACUGGAUCUCGCUUGUAAGUUAAUCUAUAGUCGUUUGUUAGUACUUACUACGAUGCUUCCAGGCUUGUGCAACCGCACUGGUGGGCUGCGUCGAUCGGCCGGCGAACUGUGUUGCAAGGUCAAGUCAGCAGCCAUGUCCUCAAAGGAGCCAGGUGGAAGCCAACCGCUGGGUGCAGUGCCAGCCGUAGGUAUGAACGUCUUGCGCCGCCAUGCUCGGCACUUCCUGGAGCAUGGCAUUGAACAGGUUCUCCCAAAUGCACUGGUAUCAAAGAUGGUGCAGCGAGAGGGUGAUGCAUUGCGUGUCAACAAUCAGCUAGUGCCGCUGGCACGGAAUGCCUACCUGGUUGGCUUUGGCAAGGCCGUCGGGGGCAUGGCGAAUGUCAUGCAGACACUGCUUGCCGAGCAUCUGGUCGAGGGCAUCGUCAGCGUGCCAAUGGGCACUCGGCAGAUAGCGGCCAACAUGAACCGCCCGGAGAUGCUGCCCAAUCCUGAAGGCCCAAUCAAGGUGCUGGAAGGGGCCAAGGACAAUGUGGCAGAUGAGAGGGCAGCAGCCGCAGCCACAGCAAUUGUGUCCCUCAUGAAAAAGCUCAAGAACACCGACAUUCUCAUUGUGCUCAUCUCGGGGGGUGGCUCAGCACUGCUGCCUUACCCAGUGCCGCCACUGACCCUGAAGGACAUCAAGAAGGUCACCCAACUGCUGCAGUCCAGCGGCGCCCGCAUCACCGAGGUGAACGCGGUGCGCAAGCGCCUCUCAGCCGUCCAAGGUGGUGGCCUGCUGCGACAGACCACGGCUCAAAUGCUCUCGCUCAUCCUCUCUGAUGUGGUGGAUGAUCCACUGGGAAGCAUCGCUAGUGGUCCGACGGUGCCCAACAAGGACGACCCGGGUCUGCCGCUGCGGCUGCUGGACAAGUACCACAUACGGGACAAAGUGGCGCCAAUCAUAGUGGAAGUGCUGGAACGCGUCGUGUCCCACCUGGGUCCACCCACCACGCAGUCCUUGAACGUUCUCAUCGGCAACAACAAAGUGAUGUCUCGUGCUGUGUGUCUGUUGGCUCGCCAGAGGGGCUACCAGUCGUACCUGCUGACAACCUCGCUUGUGGGCGAGUCAUGCACUGUGGGCAAGGCCAUAGCACAGCUGGCCUUCUACGUGUGCUACGGCGGUUCUGAGGUGCCUGUCCCACACGACCCAGUCACUGAGAUUGCUCAACACCUUCAGGUCCGCUACCGUGACCUGGAGCAGUUGAAAGAGUCGGCGGAGCGGGCCUUCGACAUGGGUCGGCCCAUCUGUGUGGUGGCUGCCGGUGAGACGACAGUGAAUUUGAUGGGGCCGGGCAAGGGAGGCCGUUGCCAGGAGCUGACUCUGGCAGCUGCCAUCGAGCUUGACCGGCUCUUCAAACACAGCGUGUUGCAACCACAGCGCAUUGAGCUCAUCAUGCUCGCAGCAGGUACAGAUGGCCAAGACGGGCCAACAGAUGCGGCAGGCGCCAUGGCGCACAUCAUGACUGUGUCUGAGGCUUCUGCUCAGGGGAUCGAUGCCGCAGGAGACCUGGCGCGCAACGACUCGCACCACUUCUUCCGCACCUUGAACAACGGUGCCGACCACCUCAUCACGGGGCUCACCGGCACCAACGUCAUGGACCUGCACAUGCUGCUUCUGCGGCGAAAACCUGCCACCAGCUAGCGCUCCCUGUGUGACAUUUACCGAGACUCACCGCGGGCCUGGCAACACUUGGAAGCGCUGCGGCUAUUGGCAGAGCAGAAGAUGCGUGCAGACAUGGUGUAGUUGCGCAUGUUUUGCGAGAUGAUGCUAGCAGCCAUGAAACCUCCAUGUGCCGUUCAUUAGGCACAGCUCUUUCUGAGCUGUUUGUAAUUUCUUUAUUUCUUCGGUGAAUUAGAUGCUGUAUUUUUUAUCACAUUACA